GCUCUGCUGACAGUCGGUGCCGUGCUGUGCUCCGCUGACAGUUGGUGCCGUGCUGUGUUCCGCUGACAGCCAGUGCAGUGCCGACGGGUGCGCAGCUGGAGUCUGGAGGCGCGGGGAUGCGCGGCCGACGAGGAGGCGGCUUCGGCCGUGCGCGCCGACGAGCUGGAGAUGGUGACGCCGCUGCGGCACGCCCUGUCGGAGCCGUCGCUGGUCACGUCGGCGUCGACGGCGUCGAUGCCGAUCUGCCGCAUCUGCCACAUGCCGUCCGAGGAACGGGCGGAGCUGAUCUCCCCCUGUCGCUGCGCCGGCACCAUGCAGUACAUACACACCGCCUGUCUCAUGCACUGGAUCGAGGUGUCCAGUCGGCGGGCCAAGCGACCACCUUGCUGCGAGCUGUGCCAGUACCAGUACCAGCGGCAUAAGCGGUUCCGCGUCGGCCGCUGGCUCGUGCCGGCCGUCUCCACCCGGGACAAGCUGCUGCACGCGCUCUUCGUGAUCACUGCCAUCGUCAUGGUGACCUGCGCCGUCAUCACCAUCUUCUGCUUCAAACAGGAUUCGGGAAAGCGGCGGCUGGCGUACGACGAAGCGGAACUCACGUCUAACGAGACAGUCACCUUGGUCUGCGGCAUCUUGUUCUUCGCGUCGUUCUUUGUCGGCAUGUACUGCGAGAUAAAGGCGAAAUAUUCCAUUUAUCAGCUCGUAACCCGGGUGUUCUAUCUGAACCAGCAGUGGUUUAUUGAGGAGUACGACCGCUCGAAGGACGACAAGUUCCGGUGUUCUCCGACAGGUGGCUCCCCGGUAUGAGGUGUGUUUGUGUGCGAUGAGCCCGUCUAUGCGCUGACCGUCGUGGAGGCGUGCCGACUGGCAGUACUUCAUUCGAGCACGUUGAUGCAUUUGGUGCGCUUGUGUGGUGCAGACACACAUGCUUCGAGUCGGAUAAGAGACCGUUAGUUGCGAUGGUUAACACGCGGGUAAACAUUGGUGCGCGAUACAUGCGACCGGCCUAUGUCAUUGUAAAGCUGCUUGCUCGUAAACUUGUGCAAAAUAUUAACAUGCGACAUGUAUCGGCUGGGCACGCUUGAGGCUGUCGGUCAUUGUUGUAUGUGACAGAUGGAAACACCUAUUCGUCAGGUGCACAGUGGUGCUUUUCGCUGCCAUUAGGCAUGGUGCAUUGCCAUGUUGAGCCAUGCUGCCAUUUUUGAGCAGCUCGCUGGUCUGUCUGUUGAGUCCGAAGUGUACGUGCAGCACUCCUCUGAUAAUGCGUUGAGCACUGAAACGGUGCGUGGAAGCUAACAGCGUAAUCGUUACCGUACAGCGUGGAACAGAGUAUGUUGCACAAAGUACUAAAGCGCAGGCCUUCGUCAUGCAGUUUGUGGUCAAAUAUCGUUUGCAAGCGUUUAAUGCAUUGCUGGGCUGUCUGGCCACGAUAUUUUGGCAAAGGCCUAAACAUGGGGUGAUUUCGACUCCGUCUGUGAGUCCACUAUCGUGACGUUCAUCUCUUGCAAAUAAUCGAUGCCAUGUCACGUUAGUAUGGGGUCGUCACGUUUUUGCGUCAUUUAUGCCAGUUGUAUCGACUGGCGUACAUGAUCGCAGCUGUGACAUCGUCUUCGCGGUUGUUGUCGUGCACAGAGCAUUUCAUCAUUCGAUGCAACGUUCAACCAUUAGAAGCAUAAGAUGCCCGUUGGAAAAUUGGUUGAUGUGUGCUGUUGCGUCUGUUCACUGCAUCAAUUGCGACGUAUUUAUCAUGAGUAUCAUACUGUCUCAUCUGUGAUUUUGUGUCAUAAGACAAUAAACCCACCAUACAAUAUAG